AAUGGCUGCUGAAAACAAAAAUGCCGAUAAGCUUUCCGUAUGUCAUUUCUAAUUCUAAGGAUAUGCAAUUGACAGUUGAAGUGCGGAGAAUAAUUCAGUGCGCAGCUCAUAAAUAAGAUCGUAGUCGCCGGAUAUUUGGAGUAUACAUUCUUGUUCGCGGAAUGCCGCUUCCAGCCGCAAUGCAUAAUACUAUCGAGCCAAUGCAGAUUGAUGUCCAACCAGAAGACAAUGAAAACGAAGAAAACAAUUUAGUUGUGGAAAAUCCCACCAUGGAUUUGGAGGGCUACGCUAACUCGUAUACUGGUCUUGCAAAGCUUUAUAGAUUGAUGUUCAUCGCCGAUGUAUGCCCCAGUAUGAGGCUAGAGGCACUUAAAAUUGCGAUAAAUUAUGUUUCGAGUACAUACAAUGUGAGCUUAUAUCAACAUCUACAUAAAAAGUUGGCAGAUGUAGCGUUAGUAUCACAGAUUCCGGACGUUGCCUCACAGUCAACACCCCAAGAUAUACCACCUUUUGAUUCUGUGUGGGUGGAAGCCAGAAGUAAAAAAGCAGCUCUCAAAUUAGAAAAACUGGACAGCGAUCUAAAAAAUUAUAAAUCGAACUCAAUUAAGGAAAGCAUUCGCCGUGGGCAUGACGAUUUAGGAGACCAUUAUCUUAGCUGCGGAGACUUAUCCAAUGCCUUAAAAUGUUAUUCAAGAGCGAGAGAUUAUUGUACUAGCGCAAAACAUGUCGUAAAUAUGUGCUUGAAUGUUAUUAAGGUCUCUAUUUACUUACAAAAUUGGGCGCAUGUUCUUAGCUAUGUAUCAAAGGCUGAGAGUACACCUGAUUUUAUCGACGGUCAAAGUAAAGAUCCCAAUCAGUCCGUUUUAACAAGAUUGAAAUGUGCAGCUGGGUUAGCUGAGUUGGCGACAAAAAAAUACAAGUGCGCUGCGAAACACUUUUUACAAGCCAAUUUCGAUUUCUGUGAUUUUCCCGAAAUGAUUUCACCGAACAACGUAGCCAUGUAUGGUGGCUUAUGCGCUUUAGCAACAUUUGAUAGGCAAGAAUUACAGAAGAAUAUAAUUUCUAGCAGUUCAUUUAAAUUAUUCCUCGAGCUGGAACCUCAGCUGAGGGACAUAAUAUUCAAGUUCUACGAAUCUAAAUAUGCCUCUUGCUUGAAAUUGCUUGAUGAAAUUCGUGAUAAUCUACUACUUGAUAUGUACAUUGCGCCGCAUGUGAAUAACUUAUAUACGAAGAUUAGGAACCGAGCAUUAAUUCAAUACUUCAGUCCUUAUUUGUCGGCUGAUAUGCGUAAAAUGGCUAUAGCAUUUAAUAGAAGCGUAUCAGCACUAGAGAAUGAGAUUAUGCAACUGAUUCUUGACGGCCAAAUUCAGGCCCGUAUUGAUUCGCAUAAUAAAAUAUUAUAUGCUAAAGAUGCUGAUCAACGCAGUGCGACAUAUGAAAAAGCGAUGAGCAUUGGCAAAGAGUACCAACGAAGAACUAGGAUGUUAAUUUUGAGAGCAGCUAUGCUCAAAGGACAUAUUCACGUAAAGAAUAUUCCGCGCGAUGGAGGUAAUCAUGGCACCGAGUGCGUUGCACCUGGCUCAAGUACAGCAAGCGUAAAUGUUCGAAAUUGAGCUGCUUUCCACGUCGUUUCCUGGGAAAUCGCUAUGAUCGACAAUUUGAGUAAAUGUAAUGCUUUUUCAAUAAUUAGUUAUUUACUUUGAAAUGUUGAAUGUGUACAAUAAAAUUUUGCUAAAGUGUAA